AGUUCAAAGGAUAGGAAAACGAGAGACCAAAGGGGAAAGGACGAUACGAUGGCCUACGACGACGUGAUCCUACAAAUGGGCCAGUUCGGCAAGUACCAGCGUAGGAUAUACCUACUGCUGUGCUUGCCCGCCAUAUCUUGUGCUUUUCACAAGCUGGCCGGCGUAUUUCUCGGAGCCAAGAUGACAACUAGGUGUCUUCUGCCCAACGAGAACGCGGACAACGCGACGUUUCACUUGCCGGAGAUGGCCAUGAACGCGACCUACCCGUGGGACGAAAAGUCCAAAUCGUGGUCCCAAUGCACGCGGUACGCCGGUGAUGGUUCACUGGCCAGUUGCGACGACUACGUGUACGACACGAGCAUGUAUCGCAGCACCACCACGUCCGAGUGGGAUCUCGUGUGCGACAAGGACUGGCUGCGAGCGAUGGGCGACUCGGUCUUCAUGAUCGGCGUGAUGCUCGGCUCGACGAUAUUUGGCGCUUUGUCGGACAAGUACGGCCGCAGACCGAUUUUUUUCCUCUCGCUCGUGAUACAGCUGAUCGGUGGGGUCAUGGUCACCUUGGCAACCGAGUACGUAUCCUACGUCGUGUUCAGGGCGAUCGUCGGUUCCACGACAAGCGGCGUCUUCCUCGUCGCCUACGUCAUUGCCCUUGAAAUGGUGGGACCCCAGAAGCGGCUGAUUGCCGGUGUCGGGUGUCAGCUGUUCUUCACGACCGGGUACAUAAUGACCGCUGGCUUCGCCUAUUACAUCACCGACUGGAGGAUGCUCCAGCUAGCUCUUACGAUUCCCAGCGUGGCCUUUCUUCUCUACUGGUGGUUCAUUCCCGAAUCGGCGAGAUGGUUGCUGACAAAGGGCAGGUCCAAGGAGGCCGGGGAGCUCCUGCAGAAGGCUGCUCGGGAAAACGGGGUCGAGAUCGCCGAGGAGACCCUCGUCGCCCUGUUGGAGGAGACCAACACCGACAGCAUCCCGGACGCCGACAAGCCAUCCAUCUUCGAUCUGUUCAAGUAUCCGAAUCUCAGGAGAAAGAGCAUGCUGCUGUUUUUCAAUUGGUUGGUGAACAGCGGGACGUAUUACGGGCUCUCGUGGAACGCGUCGAGUCUCGGUGGCAACGAUUACAUGAAUUUCGUCAUAUCGGGACUGGUCGAGGUGCCGGCCUUUACCUUUCUCAUAUUCACGCUCAAUCGCUGGGGCAGAAAGCUCAUACUCUGCGGCUGCAUGAUUGCCUCCGGCUUGGCCCUCGUGGCCAUGAUGUUCAUACCAAUUGACAUGGUGUGGCUAAAGGUGACGUUCGCGAUGAUAGCAAAACUCGCAAUCACCUCGUCCUACGGCACGAUCUACGUCUUCACUGCCGAGCAGUUUCCCACGGUGAUCAGGAACGUCGGUCUCGGAGCAUCGAGUACGUUCGCUCGGCUGGGCGGGGUCGUCGCGCCCUACAUCAAUUUCUUGUCGAUAUACUGGGAGCCAUUGCCUUUUUUGAUCUUUGGGUUUUGUUCGCUGAUCGGCGGCGCGCUGUCGCUUCUUUUGCCGGAGACGCUCAACAAAAAGUUGCCCGAGACCAUCCAGGACAGCGAGGCUUUUGGAAUGCGAUCGAAGAAAAAGAAAAAGAGCGAGAAAACCGGCCUUGAGUUCGAAGUGACAAACGGCGUGGAGAUUAACAACGUCAAGGACAUCAAGGCGUAAUGGAUUCGUUUCGGAUGUCAAUACAAAAUGCAUGGAUGGUGGUUGAUAUAUCUCAAUUUGAAAAUCAAUUGGGCCAAUUGAACAGUUCAUUGCUGCGACGGUGGGGUAUCUUCAUCGAUCGUUUUCAUUCGUGUUGUACACGAAACAUGUUAGUUAGCAUAUUAUGGAUAUGAUGUGUAUCUAAUUCACACGCGACUGGUCUGCCAAAUAUGUGAAUUGAUUUUUUCUAUUUUUUUUUUUUUUCCAAUAGAA